AUGGUAUUGACAGCGGAACAGAAAGCUGCUAUUGAUGCUAAUCGAAGAAGGGCUCUAGAGAGGUUAAAACAGCGUGGCAUUACGAAGUCAGCUGGAGUGGCGACUGUAGGUAAUUCAGGGGCUACGCCUUCUAGGGCAUCUGUUUCUACUAGACACCUGGCGCAGGAGAUAGAGCGUACUAUCACAGGAAAUGAAGGCUCCAAAAGGGACAAUUCUGCCAUCGGAAAUGGGGGAUCGGCUAGUAGGAAUUCCACAUCGAAUUUAGGGGAAAUAACGAGUGCUAAAAAACAAUGGAUUGCGCCUUCGAUCAGAAGGCAGGACUAUAUUGAAUACGAUUUCUCCACGAUGAAGGAUGCAAACGGUGGAUUUAUUAGUAAUGAGGCUGAGCGCGAAUGGGGAGACAAUAAUGAUAGGGAAAAGACUUUGGAAGACUGGCGGCGCGAGCAGCGUGAACGGAGGGCGCUGUACGAGGAUGCGCCGCCGCCAUUGGAUCUUUCGCUAAUUCCGAAGUGUACAGAAUGUAAUAUCAACGUAGAAAUGGACCCUAUCAUGAAAGAAGUAUUUCACUUGCAGGUGUGUAAGACAUGUGUAAGAGCACACCCUGAGAAGUACUCUUUGCUUACAAAGACUGAAUGUAAGGAGGACUAUUUUCUGACGGAUCCAGAAUUGAACGAUAAUACGUUGUUUGACAGGCUGGAUAAACCCAAUCCACAUUCCGGGACAUUUGCUAGGAUGCAGCUGUUUGUUAGAUGCAAAGUUGAGGAAUUCGCAUUCAAGAAGUGGGGAGGUGAAGAGGGCUUAGACAAGGAAUGGCAGCGACGUGAGGAAGGUAGAUUACAGCGACGUGAAAAGAAGUACCAACAACAAGUUAAGGAAAUGAGACUGAAAACAAGGGCACAAGAGUAUACAAAUCGACUACAGGAAAAGAAACAUGGUAAAAAGCAUGUACAUCAAUUCAGUGCUCCCGUUGAAGGAGGCGCGAAUGAAGAUGGGAUACCAGUUUCUAAAAGAAGAUGUGUUGAAUGUGGCCUAGAAAUUAGUGAGAUAUUAAUGUAA